AAGUGUCUCCUCUCAAGUCAGUCAUCGUAGUUUCAUCAAACAGCCGGAGGAAGGAGCAGCCCGUCACCUGUCGCCCGUCUCAGAAUGCCUUUUGGAGGAGGAAACAAGUGCGGCUGCUGCCAGAAAACUGUCUACUUUGCUGAAGAAGUGCAGUGUGAGGGGAAGAGCUGGCAUAAGUCCUGUUUUCUGUGCAUGGUCUGUAAGAAGAACUUAGACAGCACAACAGUGGCUGUUCAUGUGGAUGAGAUCUACUGCAAAUCAUGCUACGGCAAGAAAUACGGGCCAAAAGGCUACGGCUACGGAGGAGGAGCCGGCAUCCUGAGCAUGGACACGGGAGAGGGACUUGGGAUCAAGCCUGAAGAAUAUGUUCCUUAUCGCCCUACAUAUUACCGCAAUGCCCAGAAGUUUGCCAACAGACCAGGAAGCUCAGAAGUGUGUCCUCGAUGUGGGAAAACUGUGUACGCAGCCGAGAAGGUUAUCGGCGGAGGCAACUCAUGGCACAAGAGCUGCUUUCGUUGUGCCAAAUGUGGCAAAGGACUGGAGUCCACAACCCUCGCUGAUAGAGACGGAGAGAUCUACUGUAAAGGUUGCUAUGCAAAGAACUUUGGUCCCAAGGGCUUUGGCUUUGGUCAGGGUGCAGGAGCCCUAUCUCACGCCCAGUGAAGCCUGAAGCCGGAGGCCUGAGCCCACCUGGGACUGACAUCUGGUGCGCUCCGAUACCAUGGCUUCCAGCAUCUUUCAGUCAAUAUCUACCCUAUUUUGCACUGCCAUUUAUACUCCAGCCACAGGCCAUGAGAAAUUACAGAAGCAACACAACAUGUAGGUUUUUGCACGUGUUCAUCCAAACAGAUUCUGCUCUUUAGGUCACGGUGCAUUAGAAUCCGGUGUAAACAUUUAAAAACGCUAAAAUCUAACUCUGUCUUAACAUGUGUGCACUGUGUGUUUAAACCAAGCAGUUACUAAACUGGGCAUUUUCAAUACUAAAAGACAAACACAUUGGUAAGUGCUGAGUUUGAUUAACAUCUAAAAAAACAAAAACAAAAAAAAACAGUCGAACAGCUGUGAAAUAAAACAACCUCAAAUCCUGCUUCUCUUCCAGUCAGUCAUUCAGUUAACAUAAAGCCUUCUUUUACGUCAAAUGGUGUAUAUAUUGUCUUGAGAUAUGCUUCUUUUUUUGGCGUGACCCAAAAUAAAUAUCAUGCAGAAAGCACA